GUUUUUUCCGUUAAGUGGUUAGGAACGGCGUUAACUUCACGCUUAUGUGGCGGUUGCUCGUUUUUGCUUCUCUCUCAAUUACUCAUGUCAGCACAAAAGUAACAUAGUGCAUUUCCAAAUGAUGUAAAGCAAUGGCGAGACAUGGUUCAUGUUGCUGUUGGGAUGGGAACAGUUGGUGGGUGUCAGAGUGGUGAAAAAGAAGAACUUUUUGGGGAGGGUUUCGAGGGAAAGCAAGAAUGGCGGAAGGGAGGGAGAGAAAGAAUGCCUGCAAAGUUAUAACCCUUUAUGUCUCCUUUUCUCUCUCUAUAACAUCAUUUAUGUAAUUCUCUCUCUAAAAAACCAAACACUAAUAUUUCUGACAUAGCGCUCUACCUAUCUGCUAAAACUUUCCUUGUCUUUCCCUCUCAGUUUUGUCACUUUUUCCCCAAAACUUUCCUCCAAAGCUUUUGAUUCUCUCUCUCUCUCCACCGAUCAUGCUUCAAAGCUUGGUCCCGCGAUCCCCCCACACUUCCAACCUUAACGACAUGAAAACUAAGCUACCAGUUAACACCGUUGAUUCUCUCGCCGAUCAACCUUCUUUCAAGCGGACCAACUUCUCUGUCGAUACUGCCAUCGAGGAGGACCAGGCCUUCGAUCCCCACCCUCACGCCGGCGAUAUCAUGCAAGGUCUCCAAUGGCCAGGAUUGUUCCAUAUCCUUGCCUCUUGCUCGAAGAAGAUCCGCUCCAUGAGAAUCAUUGGAUUUGAAUCCUCCUCGGAGCUCCUCGACUUUACUGGCCGGAGACUCGCAGAUUUCGCGAGCUCGUUUGGGCUGCCGUUUGAGUUUCACCCAGUGGAGGGGAAAAUCGGAAGCGUGAUCGAACUGAGUCAACUCGACGUUCGAGCCAGUGAGGCGAUCGUGGUGCACUGGAUGCAUCAUUGCUUGUAUGACAUAACCGGGAGCGAUUUAGCUGACUUAGCUUAGACCUAAACUGAUCAUGAGAAGCUUCAUCCAUUCUCAUAGCCAUGUGCUGUUAUGAAGAUUCCUGCGUGAAGUUUAAUAUUUUUUGUUUUUUGUCUGUGUCUCUUUGGAUUUUAUUUUAUAAGAUUUAUUUUCAUGCAGUGUGAAAAUGAACAGGAAGAAUCUGAUGGGAUAAACAUUAUUCUUAUAUGAUGAUUCUAAAGAUAAUACUGAAAAAAGUUAAGAGGUAGUUAAAAAGGUGAAAGAGAGAAAUAGAAGAGAGGAAAAGAAGUGUCAGGAAUUGCAGAGGAGAGAGAAGAAAAAUACGGGUAAAGUUAACGUCGUUACAAGCCACUUAACGGAAGGGACCUAUUGAAAGCAAAAUCAAUAACCUGGGUACCUAAUUAGAUCACUUUUAAAAGCGGAUAUCAAACGAAAAUUCAGCCCCCAACUUGGAGACUAAAAAGAUAAUUAAGCCAUAAGAUAAAUAGCUGAAAAAUAAAU